ACCAAUGUUCACCACUGGUUAAACAGCCCUGUCGCUCUGGCUCUCUGGUUAGGUCAUAAUCCCCCUCUAAACCAAAGCUGUGGCUUCUCUCUUUUUUUAAAACAUCACACACUGCAAGGUAGUUUGGAAACUAGCGAGUCCUCACUCGGUGCGCUCUUUUGCUUUAUAGCGCUAACUCUGGGAGGAGUUCUGGGAGCCGGAGCCGGGGCCGGGGCCGGGCAGGAAAGGCACGGUUUACAUCGAUCUUCCUUUUUCACCGCGAGAUACCACUCAGACACAAGCGAAAGGAAGGACGGCGAAGAGCGGAGCACCAACCAUGGAGAGAACCUCGGAUGAGUAUCUUCUGACAAAGUUCAGAAAGAAGAAAGUGGAAAUUAGUUUUGCGAUAACUGAAUUCUAUCCUUUCCUCUAUGAACUAAAAGAUUACCGCAUCAUAUCUGAGGAAAUGUUUGAGAGAUGUAGGGCACAAGAGGAGCCUAUAGCACCGGUGAUAUACGAAGUCCUUGAAAAACUGGAGGCGAUUCUGAACCAGAAGGUCCUGAAAGUGUUGUUCAGCAAAAGCAAUCUACAAAAUUAUCCACUUUUGCAACAGAUUUACAGGAGCUUCGCAGACGUGCUGGAGGAUGGCUCUUCUGAAGAAGAAAGUGACUUCACAAACACAUCACGUUCAGAAAACGCGGCAGUCCCCAGCUCCGAGACAGCAGACACCACCAAUGGUUCAGACUUCCAGAGUAGUGGGGAAAGGGGCAAGUCAGAAGGAAACCUGGGAGGCCCAAAGAAGGAACAAGGUAGAAGAAACUACAAAGGUCAAAAUGUGGAUUUCAGCGCUUCGGAACUCCCCGUAACCUGUGGAGAAGCUAAAGGAAUUUUGUUUAAGAAGAAAAUGGACGGGACUCUAAGGAAAUGCAUAAAGGAUUCUGAUGGAGAGUGGCUAACACCUAGGGAAUUUGAGGUUAAAGGAGAUCGUGCGUGCUUCAAGAAUUGGAAGAAGAGCAUUUACUGUUACGGUCGAACUCUCAACUAUCUACUAGAGAAAAGAUAUCUACCGAAACCUUCAAAAACAUCUAAUUCUAAUAGAAAGAGCUACCGUAACCAGAAGAAUUUUGGGUUUGCGGAUUCACAUCAACCCCGAAACGCACAGGAGGAUGAGGAAGAGGAGGAUGGAGAAAAUGAUUCCGACGAAUUCAAUUCCCGGGUUAUCAGAUGUCCAGUAUGCGACAAGUUGUGCAAAUCAAUGGCCGGUCUUGUCAGUCACAGCCGGGUUCAUCAUACUUGGUUUCAGUGACCAAUAGCCUCCCGUUAGAAUGAGAGGGUCCUGCCCCCACCUCUCUGGAUGAUUCCGACAGCAAAACUCUGCUUUGUUUCGCUGAGACUUCAAGGACUGCUUGGUAGGGGGUGGUGGGAGGUGCGUGUAUUCAUUACGAGGCUGAGUUUCAGGGGGGCUUGAUAACUUCCUAAUAGAUUCCACUGGGAGAGGAGGGGAUAUUUUGGGGGUUAGCGGAGAGCUACACGCUGAUCAUAUUAUGAAAGAAAGUUUGAAUAGGUGAACAGCUGUGGGCGGGGAAUCUGUUUUUUGUUAUACCGUACUCUCCGGAGCACUUAAUAAAUGCAAUUGAAUAAAUGAA